UUUACUUGCUUCACAUGGUCUGGCAACACUGACGGGGCGAGCAUAUACCACACGUUGGAUAAAAGCAACAUUUUAUAAGACUCAUGGAUAAUAACAGAUUGGAUUGUAGGUCAAAUAUAGACGUCUGAGCCCAGAAUGCACCCAGAUCUCUCAGCGCAUCUCCACAGUGAAGAAUGCAACAAGUUGAUAACUCAGCUUCAAGAUUGUCAUAAGGAGAACAGAUUCAUGAAAUUCAUGGGAGUAUGCAAUGACUUUGAUAGAGCUGUAUGGAAGUGUUUAAAAGCAGAGCGUAUUGAAAGAAGGACAAGAAACAGACUUGCAGGUGAAGAGCACAGGAAAAAGGUUCUUGACAAAAUCCAGGAAGGACACACAUGGAACAAAGAAAACUGAUAGAUGCCACAAUCACAACAGGCUGAUAAAUUUUAUU